GCGUUCGUUUUCAUUCAAACUGUGACCUGUCUAAAACUGACUUACAUAAUAUUACCAUGGACGCGCAAUCGAGAAAGAAGAAAAGACGAGAAAAAUCAGGGAAUCCAGGCCAGCUGGAUUUUAUAAUAUCCGAACCUCUCGAAGUGAAGAAAAACGAAUUAUAUCUGUUUGCUUGUGAGGUAUCAUAUUUCCAAAAUGUUCUUUCGACGCAUCGAAGUUUGCGUACAUUGGUGAUAAUUGGGCAACCCGGCAUCACGUCCCUGAACGGUAUCUCGAACCUUAUAAAUCUUCAAGAAUUAUGGGUGGUAGAAUGCCUUGUACAGGACAAAGAUCAGAUCAAGAACUUAGGCACAUUGAAACGUCUGAAGGAAAUCACAAUACUCGGAAAUCCUCUUUGCAAAAGGACAAAUCAUUAUAAGCUCGCUUUGCAAGCUCUCGUCACUUUGAGGCGUAUCGAUGGUCACUCAGUAAUUCCGAAAGACUAUUUAGAUGAUUAAUAGCGUAGUUUAAUUACUAUUCCAAUCACGUUUGUACGAUAUUCUAUGUGUGUAACAGUGAGCAUUGUUAAUCACACAUCGGUAUUUAACAAUGCCAUGUAAAUACUAUCGACGUACUAAAUGGUUUGAUUUCUGAACAGCUUUUUAAAAUUUCUGUAUGGUGAAAUAAUCAUAUUCAAUGGAUAUACUUUGAUUUUUUGAACAAAAAUAUGUCAUAAUAUGG